CAUGUCAACCAGGAAGCUGAGUUGGAGACAUUUUCUGCGUCUGCAGUUCCUCAUUUGUGAUCCGGGCCUCGUCGAGCAGGAAGGUGGGAAGAGGAGGGGGGGGUCAUCGCACUUCACUGGCGACGGUGUGUUUUAAUUGCAGGUGUUUGUGGGAGAAGAGGACAGAUGAGUCUGUAAAGAUGCUGGAUCCAGGAGCGGGCGACAUGACGGCCCUCGGCCACAUUUAUGAAGGAUCCAUCCAGAGGAACACGGUGAAAGAGCUGCUGAUGAUGAAACGGCAGAAGUGGAACUGCUGGGACGAGGACAACCACACGGAGCAUCAUUUCAAGUUUGCAAAACCUGAACCCUUUGCCAACGACGUGAGUCUUUACCAGUUUGAUGUCCCAGUAAACCAAAAUACUCCCCCUCCUGCUUAUCCUGGAGGGAUCAACCUGAAGCCGCCGCUGCAGCACACCCAGAUGCCGGCUCUGUGGGGAAACGUGUCUCCGACUGUGGAGAACAAGGUGUCUCUGUUUCACUGGCAAAUCCAGCAAGCGUCCCAGAAAGUUGGAGAUGUUCCCCCCGAGUUGCUCAACUGGCAAGACGCAGACGGCGACACGUAUCUUCACAUUGCUGUGGCGCAAGGGAGACGGGCUCUGGCCUACGUGCUUGCUGGGAAAAUGGCCAAAUGCGGAUCUUUGGACGUGAAGGAGCACAACGGGCAGACGUCUUUUCAGAUUGCCACUGCCACCAACCAGCACUUGAUUGUCCACGAUCUGAUGGCGCACGGAGCCCAAAUGGACACUCGGGACCUGUGGGGGCGCUCUCCUCUGCACGUGUGUUGUGAGAAAGGACACUUUCUCAGUCUUCAGACAAUGUGGAACGGCUUUUGCCAGAGUCGCCAACCGGUUGACGUCGACGUCUUCAGUUAUGAGGGUCUCACCCCGCUCCACACAGCUGUUUUGUCCCACAACAAUGUGGUCAAAGAACUGCGGCGUGUGGAAAGCGCCUGUUCGUACGCGGCAAUGCAGAGGAAACACACCUUUGUGGAAUGCAUCCAGACUCUGCUGCUCAUGGGCGCCUCCCUCGCAACCAAGGAUCUGAAGAGCGGCCGGACUUGUCUCCACAUGGCGUCCGAGGUGGCAAACGUGCAGCUGCUCAAACUCUUCCUGGACCAGCCUCGCUCGCUGUCGGUUAUCAAUCUGAAGACGUUUAGUGGAAACACCGCCCUGCACGUCGUCAGCGCUUUGCAAAAUCCCAACAGUCAAGUUGACGCGGUGAAGCUGCUGAUGAGAAAGGGCGCUGACCCCGGGACUAAGAAUUGGGAAAAUGAGCUGCCGUCUCAGCUGGUGCCCGAAGGAGCCGUCGGGGAAAAGGUGCGCCACAUCCUGAAGGGGAAACGGGUGUACACUUAAAAAAAACACUGUCAGUCAGACAGUCCGCUCUAUUCAACUAUUUGCCAAGUAUGGCAGAUGCCGGUCGUUUCUGUGAAACAUACCUCAUUGUUCAUUACCGUGUAAUGCUACAAAGUAACUGGGUUUUCUUUACGACAAUAUUAACAAUUGUGAUCAACUUCUAUGUUUAGGGAUUAGGGAUAACAUGUUUACUAUUCUUGUAGCUUACAUAUAUAGCUAUAUUUUGAGAUCUAAAAUUCUAUUUACUACAAACAAGGUGACAUUUUACUUAAGUUGAACAACAUUACAUAAUCUGCAUUUCUGUAACUGGGUUUUAGGAUAUUAAAAUUGUGAUCAAGUUCUAUGUUUAGCGGGGAUUGGGGGCGGGGUUGCACUUUUUUGAUAACAUCUUCACUAUUAUUUGAGAUCUAAAAUAUCUAGGUUUUACACAAACAUUCUAUUAAGUAAAACGAUUGUACUAAAGUUGAACAACAUUACACAAUCU